CGUCUCAAAAUGUUUCCGCAACCCGGGAAAUCGAUUGUCUUUGACAACUUUCCGGACCCGAGUGACACCUGGGAGAUCAUCGAGACCAUCGGGAAAGGGACGUACGGCAAAGUGUACAAGGUGCUCAACAAGGCGGACGGAAGCAAAGCGGCCGUGAAGAUCCUAGAUCCCAUUCAUGACAUCGACGAGGAGAUCGAGGCCGAGUACAACAUCCUGGAGGCUCUUUCUGACCACCCCAAUGUGGUGAAGUUCUACGGGAUGUUCUACAAGAAGGACGCCAAAUGUGGCGAUCAGCUGUGGCUCGUCUUGGAGCUUUGCAACGGCGGCUCGGUGAGCGACUUGGCCAAAGGCUUGCUGAAGAGGGGCGAGCGCAUGGACGAGGCCGUCAUUGCCUUCAUCCUGCAUCAGGCCCUCACGGGUCUCCAGCACCUGCACGCCAACCACACCAUCCACAGGGACGUCAAGGGCAACAACAUCCUGCUGACCACGCACGGAGGCAUCAAACUGGUCGACUUUGGCGUUUCCGCGCAGCUGACCAACACUCGCCUGAGGAGGAACACGUCGGUGGGAACGCCAUUUUGGAUGGCGCCGGAGGUGAUCGCGUGCGAGCAGCAGCCGGACUCCACCUACGACGCCCGCUGUGACGUCUGGUCGCUGGGCAUCACCGCCAUCGAGCUAGGCGACGGCGACCCGCCCCUCUCGGAGCUGCAUCCCAUGAGAGCGCUUUUUAAAAUCCCGCGAAACCCCCCACCCAGCCUCCACCAGCCGGAGUCGUGGUCCGCCGACUUCAACGACUUCAUCAGCAAGUGUCUCAUCAAGGACUUUGAGCUACGACCCAACGUGGACGACCUCCUCCGGCACAUCUUUGUCCGGCAGACGGUCGGCAAGGAGAAAACGCUGCAAAGACAGCUCGUCGAACUCGUCGAUCUCAACCGGCAAGCAGGAGUCGGCGACAAGAGCGGCCAUCGCGGACAAGUGGACGAAAGCGGAGACGCCAAUGAAAGGCACGAACCCAUCCACACCAAAAAAGGAAGCGACACCAAGACGGAGCGAGAUGAGGGCGACGAUCUCGCCGCUUUGGAAGUUCUGGACGAGAACUCGGUCAUCGAGCAGCUUGAACGGCGCUACGGCGAGGAUGGGAUCUACACCUACGUGGGAGACAUCCUCAUCGCCGUCAAUCCCUUCCGUAGAAUGAACAUAUACGCUCCUCAGUACAGUCAAAUGUACGUGGGCGCAAAGCGGACGGCCAACCCGCCGCACAUCUUUGCCGUGGCCGACAUCGCCUACCAGUCCAUGGCGUCGUACGAUUCCGAUCAGUGCAUCGUCAUCAGCGGUGAGAGCGGAGCGGGCAAAACGGAAUGCGCUCACCUGCUCGUGCAGCAGCUCACCGUCUUGGGCAAGGCCAACAAUCAGUCCCUCCAGGAGAAGAUCCUGCUGGUCAACAGCCUGCUGGAAGCCUUCGGAAACGCCCGCACUGCCAUCAACGACAACUCCAGUCGCUUCGGCAAGUACCUGGAAAUGAAGUUCACCGCCGGAGGGACGGUGGUGGGCGCCAAGAUAUCCGAGUACCUGCUGGAGAAGUCCCGGGUCGUUCACCAGGCUGUGGGUGAGAAGAAUUUCCACAUCUUCUACUACAUCUAUGCCGGGCUGGCCGACAGGAAGAAGCUGGCCCACUACAAGCUGUCCGACAACAAGACACCAAAGUACCUGUGCAACGAGCACGGCAAACCCGGGCCCGACAUUGUGAGCAGCGGCCGCUACAAGGAGCGAUUUGACGCGGUGGAGCAGUGUUUCAAAGUCAUCGGCUUCUCCCUGGAGGAGCUGGGCAGCGUGUACAGUACCCUGGCGGCCAUCCUCAAGUCGGGCGACGUCCGCUUCUCCGCCGUGGUCUCGGAGCACCAGACUGACAAGAGCACCGUCGCCAACAUGUCUGUCCUGGAAAGCGUGGCAUCGUUGCUGCGCAUUCGCCCGGACGAGCUCCAGGAAGCCUUGACCUCCCACUGCGUGGUGGCCCGGGGCGAGACCAUCGUGCGCCCCAACCCGGUGGAGAAGGCGGUGGAGGUGAGGGACGCCAUGAGCAAGGCUCUGUACGGCCGCCUCUUCAGCUGGAUCGUCAACCGCAUCAACGUGCUGCUGCAGCCUGAUGGCCGCCUCGGAGAGGACGACCAGGGCUUGAACAUCGGCAUCCUGGACAUCUUUGGCUUUGAGAACUUCAAGAGGAACUCCUUUGAGCAGCUUUGCAUCAACAUCGCCAAUGAGCAGAUCCACUUUUAUUUCAACCAGCACAUCUUCGCCUUGGAGCAGGAUGAGUAUCUAAACGAAGACGUGGACGCUCGCAUGAUUGAGUAUGAGGACAACCGGCCGUUGCUGGACCUGUUCCUGCAGAAGCCCGUGGGCAUGCUGGCCCUCCUAGACGAGGAAAGCCGCUUCCCGCGGGCCACCGAUCAGACGCUGGUCGAGAAAUUCCAAGAUAACCUGAAGACCAAAAACUUCUGGAGACCAAAGAGGAUCGAUCUAGGAUUUGGUAUUCAGCACUAUGCCGGAAAGGUGAUCUACAACGCUGCGGGCUUCCUCGCCAAGAAUCGAGACGCGCUUUCCGCGGAUAUCGUGCUCCUCCUGAGAUCCUCGGAGAACGAGCUGGUUCGCAAGCUGGUCACCCACCCGCUCACCAAAACGGGCAACCUGGCCCACACCAAAGGCAAAGCCGUCUCCACGCUCCUCACCCCGCGCACCUUCGCAAAGCCGAUUGAGACGGACGCGCCCUACCAUCCUCGAGAAACCACCAACAUGAGAUCGCAGACAGUGGCGUCCUACUUCAGAUACUCCUUGAUGGAUCUGCUGUCCAAGAUGGUGGCGGGGCAGCCCCACUUUGUGCGCUGCAUCAAACCCAACAACGACAGGCGAGCCAACAAGUUUGACCGGGAGAAGGUUGCGCUCCAGCUGCGCUACACGGGGAUCCUGGAGACGGCCAAGAUCCGCCGGCAGGGCUACUCGCACCGCGUUCCCUUUGCUAAUUUCCUCAAGAGGUACGGCAUCUUGGCGUUCCGUGCCCACGAGGAACCCCCGGAGACUCCGCAGACGUGCGCCGCCAUCCUGGAAAAAGCCAAGCUGGACAACUGGGCCAUGGGCAAGACCAAGGUUUUCCUCAAGUACUACCACGUGGAGCAUCUGAAUCUGAUGGUGCAGCAGGCCACGCAGCGCAUCGUGCUGCUCCAGGCCUGCGUUCGAGGCUGGCUGGGCUCCCGACGCUACCGCCGACUCUUGAAGGAGCGAGAGAGCGGCGCUCUGGUCCUCCAGGCUGCGUACAGAGGCUACAAAGUGCGAAAGAGGGUCUCCGAUGACAAGAACCAGAAGCUGGAGGCUUUUGUGCUCCGCUUUCAAGCUGUCUGCCGGCGCUAUCUUGCCAAAAAGAAGUCCAAGGAAUUGGUGGAGGAGAAGCACCGAGCGGCAAGGGAGACUCAGGCGGACGAGGUUGAGAAGAACUUGGAAAGGAAACGAGAAGCCUCCGAGGAUGCAGAGAAAGCUCAGAGCGUCGAGUGGGAGAAGCCACCCGAACCGGACCGGGACAUUCCCUGUCCGUCUUCAAGCGACGAAAGUAUAACAGAGCAAACCAAGGCCGCCGUGGUCCUGCAGAGCAACUUUCGAGGCUACCGAGAGAGGAAGAAGUUUAAGGAGAGAAAGACGACUGGAGCCGAAGCCAACCUGCGGCCGCUGUCAGAAGAGGAAGGUGGCCAAGAAGCAGAGGAAGGUGUGAGGAGCCCCGAGGAUGACGAUGAGGAUACAUAUGAAGCAGAGGACAACCAAGACAGCGACCACACGCAGGUGCCAGAUGAUGAGGAUGACACAGAAGUGGCGGAUGAGCAGACGCUUGAGUCCGAGGAACAAGUCCCGCAGGCCCUUGGGUCCGAGGAACAAGUUCCGCAGGCGCUUGUGUCCGAGGAAGCCAAAGCCGCCGUGGUCCUCCAGAGUAACUUCAGAGGGCACAUGGCGAGAAAGAAGCUUCAGAAAGAAGCCCAGGGAAACAUGAACCACCCAUAUGAGCAGGCGGCUUCCAUUGAAGAUACCAUGGAGCAUGGCGGCAGAGACCCGGAGGAGACCAAAGCCGCCCUGGUCCUUCAGAGUCACUUCAGGGGCCACAAAGAACGCAAACGACUUGGCAAAGAAAGGCAGAGCCCUGGCAGGAGGACACAAGAACUCAAAGAGGACCCAGAAUCCUAUGAGAACCUGCAGGUUCCGGGGGAAGAACCCUUAUCUCCAAACGAUGUGGAGCUAGAAUUAGUAGAGGAGCCUUUGGAUGCCUCCCAUGUUCUUUUGGAAUGUGAGGAUGACAAACAGGAGGAAGAAGAGGCUGCGCUAAAGAUCCAGAGUAACUUCAGAGGCUACAAGCAGCGCAAGAAAAUGAAGGCCAGCAAGCAGGCGGCGCAGGAGGAGGCCCAGCAGCUGGAGACUUUCUCCAAGCAGAUCGCAAAGACUUCUCACAACUUUGCAGCCCUGCAGCGGAAGUUGACGGAGCUCAUCCAGGCCCAUCGAUCAAAGCCGCAGACAAACGGCGUUUUUGUCAAGGAGAAAGCAAUCGACGGCGUCGCUAGCCUGCUGCGCAAAUCACCAGACAAACGACUGUCGAGGCCACCCCGCCGCAGCCUGCAGCCCAAGAUCCUCAACACUCCCGAGGACUCCACCUACUACACAUUGAUCCAUCGCUCCGUCCGGGAUGACAAGCGCAAGCCCAGGAAAGAAGCUCCAGGUAAACUAGUGGAUGUGGACCAGCACUACUACCAGACUUUGCCCACCAGCAAGUCCACGCCCACCCUUGCCUCCGAGGAAACAUCGUCCAAUAGAGGCAUCCGGCGCAGGUUUUCCGAGGAUCGGAUCCGCUCCGUGAGGACAGAUCCCGAACCUGCCGACACCAGACGGCCAGAAGAAUCCAAGCCCCGGUCCGAACCUGCCAAAAACACAAGAACGCCGUCUGCCGGCGUCGACGACAACCCGCACGACUUCAGGCACCUGCUGAGGAAGACCUCGCAGAGACGAAGGCUCAUCCGACAGUACCGAGCAAAGGACUGAACUUUUCCUUGGUUUUGUUUUGAAUCAUACGACGGCGACAAUGGCAAUUAAGUCAAGUCACACUGACCAACGAGAACUUUUUAGGUGGGAAUAAUAAUUGAUAGCAAACAGCCCUACCUGAUUGCAGAUUGUUUGGUGUCACAUUGGCUGUUAAACGUCGCCCACUCAGCAUCACUUGCAGCCUGCCCAUCUGCGCUCUCUUUUCAAGGGUCUCAUUUUUUUCAGGUUUUUUUGGUGGCGGGGUCCCUGAUCUAGGGUGUCAAGAUUUGUGUGAUCAUGUGAAGCCCUUUAGAGACUUUUCUGUGAGGAUGGGCAAGAGACUUGACCUGAAUCCUUGCAAAUAAAAGCCUUGCA